AUGGCAAACACGGGGCUUGGUGUGCCAGUCAAGCUACUCCACGAGUCCUUAGGACACAUUGUUACCGUGGAACUUAAGACGGGCCAACUUUAUCGUGGAAAACUCGCCGAGGCCGAAGAUAACUUGAACAUCUCACUCAAAGAUAUAACAGUGACAGGACGAGAUGGCCGUGUAUCACAACUAGACCAGGUGUAUAUCAGGGGAAGUAUGGUCAGAUUCUUCAUUGUACCAGAUAUGCUGCAGAAUGCCCCCAUGUUCAAGAGAGUCGGUCCUAAUGCCAUGCGCGGAAGAGGUAUUGGUACUGCGCGUGGUCGUGCAACUAUUAUGAGAGCUAACGCUCGUCGGGGACGUGGCGUCCCUGCCCCAAGAGGAAUCAGGAGGUGA